GAUUUUAAACUUUGAUCGCAAUUCUAAAAACUGUCAUGAAUUAAAAAAAAAUACUCUUCAAAUUUUAUCUUUUAAUAUUUUUUCCAUGUCUUGGUAACAAUAUAAAAAAAAACCAAACAACUAAGCGCGGAAUUUCUGACGUUUGGUAUUGCAAGAAACAGUUUUAAAAUGCAACACAUACAGAUUUCUAUCUGGAAAUGUUUGUGUGUUGUGUAUUUCGUGUUCAUAACUUUACCCAGUUUUACUUUUGCUACUUCAGCUACUAGAUUAAGUAUAUACCAACAGAUUUUAACUUCAGCAGCUACCACAGAGAGUACAACAACAACUACAACAACAACCACAACAACACCACCAAGUAUUGCAACAAGGGAACCCCCGUCGAUAGGAGAAGGGAAAGUCACAGCCGAAAUUUACAGGCGUACAUCACCUGACUGCAACAUAGAAGCCUGCUCUGAUACAGUUCUUACAGUGGAUUUAAAAAGAUCUAAGCUUCAAUGUGCCGCCUGGUGUAGCCAGAUCCAGGAAUGCGUUUAUUAUAGAACUGUCGAUUUCAAAGACACCCCAGACCCCAGGGACAGAUUGUGUUAUAUCUACGGUCUGCCCCCUACCAUCACAGUCAACUCUUUUAAAUUUCUAGGACCAGCUUAAAGUUGCCACACGCUAAAUGUUCAACAUGAAGGUAGCUGGCGUUGGCUAGCAGAGGACAUUAUAGAUCUAUACCGCACGUUUACAAAGGAAAAUGAAGGACAUUGUUUUGGUAUGCUGAUAUAAUAUCUCGCAUUUCUACCUUACUUCAGAGAAUGAUUAAGUUUGAGAAAACUGAUAAGGAAUGCCAGAAGAUCGCAAGACACGAUUCGUAUUAUGUACAUUGAUUCAUGUGACACCAAUCGUUUUAUGUAGGCCUACAUUGAUUCAUGUGACACGAAUCGUAAAAGGUACAUUAAUCGCGUGACACGAAUCCUUUGAGGCACAUUGGAUCACAUGACGUAAAUUUGAUAAGUUUGAGAUUAAAACAUUUUCUCUUUAUGAAUCAUCUUGUACAACUAACUAUGCCUUAUUCCCUGUCAUACAUCAAGAAGUGGGCACAGUUUCUACCCAGAAAUACCUAGCAUAAACAUAACUAUAUAUAUA